AUGGCCGACCAAAACCUAAAGCAAAGGAACAAGGCUCCAACCAUGCCGGCGCCUGUACCGGAUUUUGGAGGAGGAACGAAGGAAAAGGCUUUGGAAGAAGGAGAUCAUCCAUCUGGUGAGGUUAGGCAUGGGUCGGUCGCACAAAUUGGCAGACUGUUGAGUUUCGCGACUUAUUUCUGGGCCUGUUGUUCUACGAUCCAAGCUACACAACUUAUCGGCGUACCUUUAUAUUGGAUAAAUCGAGAUAUAUAUUAUUCAUGGAUGGCUCUCACGAAACAAUCAUUUGGACUUUUAAUAACGACGAUGACCCAAUGGUGGAGUCCAACAGUGGUUAGAAUAAGUGGUGAUGCUUCAGUGGCAGGACAAUUGCGAAAAACUGCGGAUGGAAGAGCAGAAUGCGAUUUCCCAGAAAGAUUGAUUAUGAUUGCGAAUCAUCAGCUCUAUACAGAUUGGCUCUACCUCUGGUGGGUGGCUUACACCAAUCAACCUCAAACACACGGUUAUAUUUAUAUUAUUGCAAAAGACUCUUUAAAAUGGGUUCCAAUUAUAGGAUGGGGAAUGCAGUUCUUCAAUUUUAUUUUUAUGUCCAGGAAGAUGGAAAAAGAUCGACCAGUAAUGGCCCAUCGAUUCAAACAACUUCAAGAGAAACGCCCGGGAGCUUCGGAACUCGAUCCUAUGUGGCUUCUAUUAUUCCCCGAGGGUACAAAUGCAAGUGAUAAUCGAAGGGAGGCGAGUGCAAAAUGGGCGGCAAAAAUAGGCGUUAAGGAUAUGGAGCAUACUCUUCUUCCAAGAAGUACCGGUUCAUUUUUCUGUUUAAAUGAACUUAAGAAGACCGUGGACUAUGUAUAUGAUUGCACAAUGGCCUACGAAGGUGUUCCGAGAGGAAAGUUUGGUCAGGAUUACUUUACUUUGACCUCUUCAUAUAUCGAGGGGCGACCACCAAAAUCUGUAAAUCUCUUUUGGCGUCGAUUCAAAAUUGCCGAUAUACCUCUGGAUAAUGCUGAAAAAUUUGAAGUAUGGUUACGAGAGAGAUGGUACGAGAAGGAUGCUUUGAUGGAGCAAUACAUGACUACUGGUCGAUUUCCCGCCAACGUGACUUCAGAAAAAGGGACUGUGGAAGAAUUUAUUGAGACGGAAGUUAGACCAAAACAUUGGUGGGAAGUUUUUAAUAUCUUUAUUGUUUUGGCGACUACAGGAUUAAUCGCCAAUUUACUUGCCAAGGUUUGGAAUGUAGUCUUCUAUGGUAGCACGGGGAGAUGA